UAAGUCGGUUAAAGAAUCAAGACUAUCUGAUGACAAAUUUUAUACAUGCAAAAUAUUUUCAUUACCAUCCCGCACAUCUUCCCUCCACCAUCUCCUCUCGUCAGACACGAUGUCCAACUUACCUAGUGAACCUGAAUUCGAACAAGCUCUUCAUGAAGUUGAGCAAACAUUAGCUCCUUUCUUGGAAAAGAAUCCAGAAUACAAGAAAGCAUUGGAAAUCGUUCAAAUUCCUGAACGUGUGAUUCAAUUCCGUGUUGUAUGGGAAGAUGAUAACCAUCAAGCACAAGUGAAUCGUGCUUAUCGUGUUCAAUUCAACUCUGCUUUGGGUCCAUACAAGGGAGGAUUGCGUUUACACCCUACAGUCAAUUUGAGCAUUCUCAAAUUUUUGGGUUUCGAACAAAUCUUCAAAAAUGCUUUGACCGGCUUGAACAUGGGAGGCGGUAAAGGUGGUUCAGACUUUGACCCAAAAGGUAAAUCACCCUCAGAAGUACGCAGAUUCGUCAAAGCAUUCGCAACCGAACUUUCUCGUCAUAUCGGCCCUGAUACAGAUGUUCCAGCAGGUGACGUUGGUUUCUCAACACGUGAAGGUGGUUUCUUGUUUGGCACAUACAAACAAAUCAAAAAUGAAUGGACCGGUAUCAUCACCGGAAAAGCUCUCGAUUGGGGAGGCUCUCACGUUCGUCCAGAAGCGACCGGAUACGGUUUGGUGUACUAUGUUGAACAUAUGAUCAAAUAUGCUGAGGGUGAAUCAUCCAAAGGAUUUGAAGGAAAACGUGUCGUGAUCAGUGGAUCAGGUCAAGUUGCACAAUUUGCCGCAUUGAAAGUGAUGGAAUUGGGUGCUACCGUUUUGAGCUUGUCAGACAGUAAAGGUAGUUUGGUCGUCAAAGACGCAUCAAAACCAUACACCAAAGAAAUGAUCGAACAAGUAUACAAGAUCAAAUACGAUCGUAAAGAAUUGAGCACUUUGGGUGAUCAAAAUGGUGCACUGGAAUUCCAUCCAAAUGGCGCUCGUCCUUGGCAAUUGGUUGACAAGUACGAUGUAGCCCUUCCAUGUGCAACACAAAACGAAUUAGACGCAAAAGAUGCCGAAGAAGCAGUAAAGAGAGGAUGCAAAUUUGUUGCUGAAGGCAGUAAUAUGGGCGUUGAUGCUGGUGGAAUUGACGUUUUCGAAAAAUCAAGAAUGGAAAAAGGUAAAUCAGGCGGUUGUUGGUACGGCCCAGGAAAAGCAGCAAACGCAGGAGGUGUUGCAACUUCCGGCUUGGAAAUGGCACAAAACAGUCAAAGAUUACAAUGGAAACCGGAAGAAGUUGAUGCAAAAUUACGCGAGAUCAUGAAAGAUGCUUAUGAUCUUUGCUUUAACACAGGCAAAGAAUUUCCUCCAAAAGGUGAUCAAAAAGCACAAGAGCUCCCUUCUCUCGUUCAAGGUGCAAACAUUUCCGGCUUCAAACGUGUUGCUGAUGCAAUGAAAGAACAUGGUGAUUGGUUCUGAUUCGUUUUCGCUCUACUGGAUAGUAUACAUGCAUGUCUUUUUAUAGAUUUCAUUCUGCAAUUGCAAUAGAUAUUGAUUGAUUAAUAAAACA